GGCCGUGCCAUGUCCUUCCAGAGCAUUGUCCACCUGUCCCUGGACAACCCUGCCCAUGCCAUUUGUGUGCUGGGCACGGAGAUCAGCUUGGACAUCAGUAGGUGUGCCCCCAAGAAGUGUGAGAGCUUCACCGUCCGCGCCUCUCCACGGGUCUUGAUUGACAUCUUGGGCACAGUGAUCACGGGGAAGGAGGACGCCGUGAUCUGCCGGGCGCUGUCCAGUACCAUGCACGUGCUGGUGAGGAUGGCGUCGCCCAGCCUUUCCGUGGACGAGGACAAGGUGCUGGUCUCGUACUACCGUCCCAACGAGGAGGUCCCCACGGCCACAGCUGUGUUGUACCUCACUGGCAUCGAGGUGUCCCUGGAGGCAGACAUCUACCGCGAUGGACAACUCGAGGUGCCAAGUGACAAGCAGGCUAAGAAAAAAUGGGUCUGGGGCCCCAGCGGCUGGGGAGCCAUCCUGCUUGUGAACUGCAGCCCCACCGACGUGAGCCAGCUCGAGGACAAGACCAAGAAGGAGUUCUUGGACGAAAUGAAGAACCUGUCCCAGAUGACUCUGACCGUCCAAGGCCCCAGCUGCAUCUUAAAGAACUACAGGCUUGUUCUGCACACCUCCGAGGAAGAGGCGGAGAAGGCGAGAGUCUACUGGGCCCAGAAAGACGCCUUCGGUGCCUUUGAGCUGGUGCUGGGGCCCGGCCAGCACUGCCACGCCUUGGGCCCCCUGGAGAACAACCAGAAGGAGACCUUCUACGUGGAAGCCACAGAGUUCCCGUCUGCCAGCUUCUCGGGCCUCAUUUCCUUCUCGGUCUCCCUGGUGGAAGAGUCUCGAGACCUGUUGAUUCCCGAGAUCCCGACGUACAAAGACACGGUGGUAUUCCGGGUGGCGCCCUGCAUCUUCACCCCCAGCACCCAGAUGCCCCUGGAGGUCUACCUGUGCAGGGAGCUGCAGCUGCAGGGCUUCGUGAGCUCGGUGACGGAGCUGAGCGAGAAGAGUAACAGCCAGGUGGCGUCUGUCUACGAGGACCCCAGCCGCCUGGGCAGGUGGCUCCAGGAUGAGAUGGCCUUCUGCUACACCCAGGGUCCCCACAAGACCGUCUCCUUUGUCCUCGACACCCCGCGGGCGCUCAAGCUGGAAGACUUCCCCAUGAAAUACUCGCUGAGCCCUGGUGUCGGCUACAUGACCCGAUGCACAGAGGACCACAGGGUGGCCAGCCUGGAUUCCAUCGGGAACGUGAUGGUGUCCCCACCAGUCAAGGCCCACGGGAAGGAGUACCCCUUGGGCAGGGUCCUCAUUGGCAGCAGCUUUUACCCCAGCGCUGAGGGCCGGGCCAUGAGCAGGAGCCUCCGAGACUUCCUCUGCGCCCAGCAGGUCCAGGUGCCAGUGGAGCUCUUCUCAGACUGGCUGAUGACUGGCCACGUGGACGAGUUCAUGUGCUUCGUCCCUGUGGACGCCAAGAGUGAGGACAAAAAGGGCUUCCGGUUGCUCAUAGCCAGCCCCAGCUCCUGCUACGAGCUGUUCCAGGAGAAGCAGGAGGAGGGCUAUGGGGAAGCGACCCUGUUUGAAGAGGUCAGAGCGGACCAGCUCCUUUCUAACGGAAGGGAGGCCAGAACCAUCGAUCAACUUCUUGCAGACGAAAGCCUGAGAAAGCAGAAUGACUACGUGGAGAGGUGCCUUGGCCUGAACAGAGCCGUCCUGAAGCGGGAGCUGGGCCUGGUGGAGGAGGACAUCAUCGACGUGCCCCAGCUCUUCUGCCUCGAGCAGCUGACAAACGUCCCCUCCGACCAGCAGACCCCAAAACUCCUGGCAAGGGCCUACUUCCCCAACAUGCUGCGCAUGAUCGUGAUGGGCACAAACCUGGGGAUCCCCAAGCCCUUUGGGCCCCAAAUCAAGGGCAUCUGCUGCCUGGAAGGAAAGAUCCGCCAGUUGCUGGAGCCCCUGGGCCUCACGUGUACCUUCAUCGAUGAUUUUGACUGCUACCUGACCGAUGUUGGGGACUCCUGCCCCUGUGCCAACGUCCGCAGGGUGCCUUUUGCCUUCAAGUGGUGGAAGAUGGUGCCUUAG